AUGCCCUCGGAUUUCCUAUCCGUGCCCCUUUGUGGCUAUCUGGCUGACCGGUAUAUCGGCCCGCUGAAUUUCCUUAUUCCUUGGGUUGCCCUAUGUGGUAUUUUGAUGUUCUGCUGGGCUGCCGUAGACACUGUGGCUGGAUUAUACGUUUUUGCAGUGUUCUAUGGGUUAGCAUCAGCGGCAGCUAUGGCUUUGUUUGCAGGUACUGUCCCUUCUCUAACAAAGGACCUCGACAAGAUUGGUACUCGAGUCGGCAUGGCACUCUCACUGAUAAGCUUUGGACCAUUGACUGGACCAUCCGUGGCAGGAGCAUUAAUAGCGCGCGGAGGAUACUUGGCUGCGCAAAUGUGGGCAGGGGCAGCCUUGAUCGUGGCAGUAUUGGCCCUUGUGGGAGCUCGUUUGCUUAUUUCGGGGCCACAUGUUCGAGCAAAGCUUUGA